CUUCCCGCUUCCGGCUCGGCUCCGCUGGCGGCUGUUGCAUCUGGGGAGGCUGGACGGCAGAGGCUGGGACGAUCCGAGGCGCGGGCGGGCAGCGCCGGGCACCGAGCCGAGCGUCCCUCCGGGAGCACCCCCGGGUCCCACUCCCGUCGGAUGGCAGCCCGGGCCCCGCCAGGAAUGUCGGCAUGACGGUGACUCCGAAGGGGGUGCCACAGCCACCUGCCAGCCCAUCGGGCGCGUCGGGGUCGCGAGCUGGCGCCGUCACCGGAGAAAUGGACGAGACGGAUGCCCUCUUUCUCAAGUUCAAGCCGGUGGCCGAUGACUCCCUGUCACUCACCUCCUCCAACACCGACUCUGUUUUUGUGGAAGACCCCUACACUGCCUCGCUCAGGAGCGAGCUCGAAGCAGACACCCAUGAGUUUGAGGCCGAGUCCUGGAGCCUGUCGGUUGAUCCGGCCUAUGCCAAGAAACAGAAGAAGGAGGUGGUCAAGAGGCAGGAUGUGCUAUACGAGCUGAUGCAGACCGAGGCCCACCACGUGCGCACGCUGAAGAUCCUGCUCCGCGUGUACGGGCGCGCCCUGCGGGAGGAGCUGCAGCCGGGCCCCCGGGACAUGCGCCUCCUCUUCCCCAGCGCCGAGGGCCUGCUGGAGCUGCACGGCCACUUCCUGGCCCGCCUCAAGGAGCGACGCCAGGAGUCCCUGGAGGAAGGCAGCGAGCGCAACUACAUCAUCCAGAAGAUCGGGGACCUCCUCCUCCAGCAGUUUUCCGGUGAGAAUGGGGAGAAGAUGAAGGAGAAGUACGGGAUCUUUUGCAGCGGCCACAAUGAAGCCAUCAGUCACUACAAGCUCUUGCUGCAGCAGAACAAGAAAUUCCAGAACCUGAUCAAGAAAAUCGGCAACCUGCCCAUCGUGCGGCGCCUGGGCGUGCAGGAGUGCGUCCUGCUGGUUACGCAGCGCAUCACCAAGUACCCGGUGCUGGUGGAGCGGAUGAUGCAGAACACGGAAGCCGGCUCUGAGGACCGAGAGGCCCUGACGCAGGCCCUGAGCCUCAUCAGAGACGUCAUCUCCCAAGUGGACGCCAAGGUCAGUGAGUCAGAGAGAGGCCAGCGCCUGAGGGAGAUUGUGAGCAAGAUGGACACCAAGGCGGCCAGCAAGCUGGUCAGCGGGCGGACCUUCCGCCGGGAUGACGUCCUGCGGCGGCAGCUGCACCUGGACGGCCCGCUGUGUUGGAAGAGCACGUCGGGGCGCCUGAAAGACGUCCUGGCCGUGCUGCUGACCGACGUCCUGUUGCUGCUCCAGGAGAAGGACCAGAAAUACAUCUUUGCGGCCCUGGACAACAAGCGGCCCGUGGUCUCGCUCCAGAAGCUCAUCGUGCGGGAAGUGGCCAACGAGGACAAGGCCAUGUUCCUCAUCAGUGCCUCGAUGCAAGGGCCCGAGAUGUAUGAGGUGCACACGGGCUCCAAGGAAGAGCGGAAUGCAUGGAUGGACCACAUCCGGCGGGCCGUGGAGAGCUGCCCGGAUGAGGGCGAAGGACUGUUCAGUGAGACGGAGGAGGAGAGGAAGAUGGUCGAGUCCCGCCAACUGCGGCUGAAAGGCUUUCAGGAGCGGCUGAACAUGAAGGACCAGCAGAUCGCACAGAGCCUCAGCGAGAAGCAGCGAAUCUACCUGGAGAUGGCUGAGAUGCGGGGACUGGACGACAGCGCCCCUUUGCCCCUCCUCUUCCGUGGAGGGGACCCCGCCGACACCCUGCAGGGCGAGCCGAUUCUCAAGUCUGCCAUGAGUGAGAUUGAUGACAUCCAGAGCCUGAUCUGCCGCCGGCAGCUGGCCAGUGCCAACGGGCAGACGGAGGACAGCAGUGGCCUGGCGGCCCUGCCCCGGCGGGCAGAGACCUUCGGAGGCUACGACAGUGCCAGCAGCCCCAGCGCCACCGGUGGCAGUUUCAAGAAGAUCUACAGCAAUGACCCCAAGCCCCAAGACUGGCCAGGGUCCCCCUCCAGCCCCGAGCGGAAGCUCAGCGACUCCCUGGGGGUCCCCGAGGAGGCAGCACCAGAGGGCCAACCGGCGGAUAUCGAGUGUGGCCCCACUCCACCCACCAUCCUGGAGUCCGAGCUGGUCCGAAAAAUUCAGAUGCUCUCACAGCUGCUGCUGAGUCUACAGGCCGUCAUCGCCCAGCAGGACAGCCUGGUGGAGCGACAGCGGAGCACCAUCGCGGAGCACGAGCGGCUGAUGCGGGUGCAGUCGACGCGCGGGAACCUGCUGCUGGAGCAGGAGCGGCAGCGCAACUUCGAGAAGCAGCGGGAGGAGCUGGCGGGCGUGCAGAAGCUGCAGGGCCAGCUGCGCCAGGAGCAGCAGCGCUGGGAGCGCGAGCGCGCGCGGCAGCAGCAGGAGCUGGAGCAGGCGGCCGCGCAGCUGGAGCAGCGCGAACUGGAGGCGCAGCAGCUGCAGGAGACGCUGAGCCGCCAACGCGGGGAGCUGGAGCAGCAGCGCCAGGCCUACCAGCAGGACCUGGAGCGGCUGCUGCAGGCCCAGCGCGCUGUGGAGCGCGAGCAGAAGAAGAUGGAGCUCCUGGGACGACUCAAGAAACAGAACACGGCGCCCGGGGCACUGCCGCCGGACACACUAACAGAGGCGCAGCCCCCCAGCUUUAACGGGGAAGGACUGGAGGGGCCCCCGGCGCUGGCGAAAGCUCCCGGGCCCCGGACGAGCCUGGUGCUGCUGCCAGCUGCCGGCUCCUCUGAGUAUGCCGAGCGCCCCGAGGUGGCCCGCCGGGACAGCGCCCCUGCCAAGAGCGACGUGCCCAUCCAGCUGCUGAGCACCACCAACCAGAUCCAGAGGCAGGCAGCCGUGCAGCAGCAGAUCCCCACCAAGCUGGCCGCCAGCACCAAGGGCGGCAAGGACAAGGGCAAGAGCCGGGGCGCCCAGCGCUGGGAGAGCUCAGCCUCCCUGGACCUGAAGCAGCAGCAGCUGUUACUCACCAAGUUCAUAGGCAAGGAGGAGGGCACUGCGCGGAACCGCCGCUCCCUGAGCCCCGUCCUGCCCGGCAGCAAAGGCCCCGCGUCGCCCCUAGACCCUGGCCUCCCAGCCCCCAGCCCCAGCCCCAGCCCCGCCGACCUGACCCACGAGUGCUUCUCCUUCAAAGCGGGAGCCCCACCCUUGCCGCCCGUGCCCCGGUCCCCAAGGCCGCCGGCCCCGCAGCUGGACAAGGAGGAAGGCGGCAAGGAAGACGUCAUCUUCUUUUGAGGGGCGUGGCCCACGGAGACCCCGCCCCCGACCCAUGCCUGGUGCCGCCCACCGGGGAGCCAAUGGGGUUUCGGGGUCAGAGUCAGGGUUGCGUCCUAACGUGGCAGCGGUGCCUGGUGACUUCCCAAACCGCUUCCCUUCGUACCAAAAGGAACAUUCUGAGUGGAAGGUUGGUUGCACCAGAGCUCGCCCAAAGAGCUUCUUUAUGCCCAUGUCCCUGUUAGCUAGGGAGAGAUGGAUGCACCCCCCGCAGACGCAGACGCUGGGGGGGUCCCCAGUAGAGGCUUCACGAGGUGAAAGGCGGCAGCGCCGGCUCCAGAGCGAGCCCUUCAAAGCUGGGUGGUGGUGCCAGAAGGGGGUGAGGAGGGUCCUUCGGACCUGCCCACAAAACUGGGCAGAAAUAGGAAUGCCCCCCCCAGGGAGGUUCCUGGGACAGAAGGCCCAGUGUGGGUGGCGCUGUGUUCUGGGCAGGUGCUGGCAACUCCUGUGGGUAAUGGGUAUGUCAUCUCGGUGGACCCCGUGGCCAAGAGCACCAGGCGGGCACGCGCACACCCAAAGGCACCCCCAGCUAAAGCCAAGGGCCCUUAGGGGACCCCCCUCACAAGAGCUGGGUGCUUCGCCCAAGGCUGGGGCAACCUCUCAAGUCCCAGAGCAGACGGGAGUGGGGUCAGAGCCAUGAUGCAGCGUGGAACAGACUGAAUCCAGGAUACUGACCUGGGGAGAGGCGACACGCUGCCUGUCCCCGCCGGGCUCCCCCUAGGGUACCCGGACCCUCAACGUGGAGCAAGAGGAGUUGGGACAUGGGCCAUUGGGACGGGGACAAAGUCCCAGGCACACAGAAUGGCUUGGCAGCCGUUGGUCCCCUCCCAAGUCUCUCCUAGAACCCCUCCCUGCCCCCUCCAAGCACCCCCCAUCUCUGAUGUUACCUGUGGGGUCCACAGCCCCUUGAGGGGCUCAGAGCGUACCCCCUGUGCCCUGUGCCAUGUCCAUGUUGACAGGAUGGAGGCCCGUGGGAGCACUUUAGUCGAGUGGACUUUUGAACUCGGUUCCCUCAUGAAAAACAUUCCAGACUCCUGGUGGGUGGGGCCUCACGGCCACCCCUCCCGCUUCCCAUGCCCCCACCUGACCUGCUGUGACACCAUGAUGCCAUCAGAUGGUGUAAUACAUGGGGGUCCUCAGCUGGGCCCCGUUUUCCUUGAGGGGGCAGAGGAACAAACGCCCCUCUUUCCAUGGGGCCCCGUGGACCUUCACCCCCAUCCACCGUGAUCAUUCCCCGUGUCUCCCUGAUUCUUCUAUUCGGUGAUGGUGGCAUCUCACUGCGGGCACUGUCGGGACUGCCUUGAUCGUAGCAAUAAAGAAGUCGCAGAGGAGCUGCUGGCUU